AUGAAAUCUAAAUCUAAGGGUUCUUCUUCUUCAGGAGGUAAAAGUUAUCUUAAAAUUAAUGUUAAUAGACGAAAACGAAAACCUCCGAUUGUAAUUAAUUUUUGUGAUGAUGAAACGGAGUCCGAUGACACUCAAUCAGAUGAAUCGCAAUCAGAUUCAGAUAUGGAAACAUUACCAGACAAACAUAGAAGGAAAUCUGAUUCCAAAGAUAAAUACAAAUUUAAUCGUCGCAAGAAAGCUAAAAAAAUAGGUCGAACACGCAAACAUAAUAAAGAUAAGAAUCUAACUGUUCAUUCGGAUGAGGAUUCAGAUUUUGAACCAGUAUUAGAAGCUCACUGUUUCUCAUUUUUAUAUGCCAAACAAGAUUCUGAUGAUUAUGAUAAUGAAGAAGUUGAGGAAGAGGAUGAUAAUAUUUUUGAAGACGAUGAUGGCGAAGAUUAUGAUCUUGAUUCAGAAGAUGAAAAUGAUUAUGUAGAAGUUGAAGAACAAGAUGGUGAAGAUGUAGAUGACAAUGAUGAAAAUGAAAAUGAAAAGGAGGUAGAAGAGGAGAAUGAACCAAUACAAGUCGCUGAAGAAGAACAAAAUGAUAAAGAGGUACGACUUGAUGAAGAUGAUGAUGUUUUUGAGGAAGAAGUAGCAAAUGAUAAAGAAGUACGACUUGAUGAUCAUGAUGAUGCUGUUGAGGCAGAAGGUAAAUCAACCAACAGGAAGGGUCGAACAAAGUUUGAACACAAAAGACUUUUUCUGAGAAAUUCUCAGGAAAAGUUUCACACAUUCAUGAAUAAACUUAAUAAUAAACAAAAAGCCGACAUUAAGGACUUGCGUUUUGGAUCGUUGAUAAACUUCCCUAUUUCCAGCCUGCCUACCAUGUUGGCAUGUUAUGUGUUAGAGAAGUUUGAUCACACGGAAUGUGUUUUUGAUGUUGAUGGUAGAGUAAUCAAAGUUACAAAGGAAAUGGUUCAUGAGGUUUUCGGUAUACCAAUUGGUGACAAGAAAAUUCCAUACCGUGUUAAUGCAAAUCAUUCACACAAGCAAGUGAAAAAAUGGAAAAAGCAAUUCAAUACAGAAAAACCAUCUUUGCAAGAGUUGUACAGCAUCAUGAUUAAGCAAGACAAGGGAGGAGCUCUCUUCAAACUUAACUUUUUGGUUUUGUUUGUUACUACAAUGAUGGAAGGUAUCAAAUCCAACUCGUUGAACCAUAAGUUCUUGCAAUAUACAUCAAAACUAAAGGAAGUUAGAUGUCUUGACUGGUGCGAUUUUCUGCUUACGUGCUUGAUAAACACCAAGAAAGAUUGGAAAAAUCAAAGACAGUUUAGUGGGCCAAUUAUGUUUCUGAUGGUCAUCAAUGUUCAUGAAUUAAAAAGACAGAAGAACGUUCAGUUUCCUCUUAUUAAAAAUUGGACUCUAGAUGAUCUCAAGUUGAUAGAAUCAGAAAAGUUAAAGAAUGGAGAAUUUGAUAACGUUGUCGAUGAAGAUGUAACAAUGCUAUCGCCUAAGUUGAAAAGAAAAAGAGCCCUUGAGAAAUUAUUGUCCCGGAAAAAACAGAAGGAUGAAAAAAAUAAGGAAGGUCAUGGAGAACAAGUCAAGCAGAAAGAAACUGCAAGAAGUAAUCCAGAUAUCAUAGAAGACAAACCAUUUACAAAUAUCUCAGAAAACAACGGAGAAUUUGAAUGUAUGAAUGACAAUCCAUUUACAACAACUCAAACACUAGAAGACUUCAACACAUUUACUGUUGAAAGUAAACUUCUGGCAAUCAAGAGAACAGUGAAGGAGAGGUUGCUAGUGAAAGAAUGGUUGACCUUUGAUACGAAUGAGUUGAUUAAAAUGGGACUGGCUAUUGAUAGUAAAGAUGAUGACUUGAAUAAUUACUAUACGAUUCUUAAUGAAAAUAUCACCAUUGAAGAUUUCUAUAGAAACAAUCCAUUUUUUUCAGAUAAGGAUUUUGUUAGGAAGAGUAAAUUGAGGAAAAGAUACCGAAAUGAUGAUGAAGCUGAAUGUUCAAAGAAAAUGGAUGUAGAUUUUUCUGGCCUAGAAGAUUUUUUGGAAGAUGAGGUACUUGGUGAUAAGAAUAAUGGUAGUUCAAUUGAUAAAAGGAAAAAACAUGUUGUUAAAAAUGUUGAUCAAAAAAACCACAGAAAACAAGGUGAAACAAAGAAAGUCAAUGUAGAGCAGCCAAUCUCAAUGCAAGUCAAUUUUGACAAAGGCAAACACAAACAAGGUGAAACAAGGAAGUCAAUGUAG